AUGUCUGCUGUAUCCAGCGGGAAGAUCGACGCCGUUCGUAUAUUGGUCGAAGCGGGUGAAGGGUCGAUGGUGGAGACUGAAUGGGGCGAUUCUGCUUUGAGUAUGGCUGUACGAAGCGGACAAGAAGCUAUCGCGGCGUUCCUUGCAGACCACGGUGCUCUUCUGCCUCGCGGAGUGACUGGGCGACGUGCCUCCAUUAUUGCCUCCCGGAGAGGAUUACAACGCUUAGUGCGACGCCUAACGGUUGCCUAUGAGGCCGUUGCUGGGAUGUCUUUGCAGCAUCAAUCGUCUAGAAUUAUGAGCGGACUCCCUGAGAGUCUUGACAUACCGUGGGAAAGGAAGUCAGAUUCCCCAACUGAUGAGGUCUCUUUUGCGGAGCUCAUGGAGCAAUAUGAUAUCAAGACUGGCUUGUAUCAGCGAUACAACAUGAUGCAGCAAAUUGGGAAGGGACAUUUUGCCACCGUGUACAUCUGCUCCAACGGAGUGACAGGCGUAUUAUUUGCUGUCAAGAUCUUUCAGAGCCAUAAAUCUCCCUCAUCAUUGGAUUUCAAGGGCUUACAUUACGAGAUUCAAUUGCUACGCGAACUUCAGAAGCGUUCUCAUCCAAAUCUCAUGAGGAUGGCAGAUCUAUUCGCAGACUUUGACAAGAACAGGAUCUGCCUCGUCAUGGAUCUCGGGAAAGAAGGGGACCUCUUCGACAUUAUUGUCGUGAACCAUAAUUUCACCGAGGCCGAAACACGAAUCAUAUUUAUUCAGCUAUUAUCCGCUAUCAAAUUCCUACACGACUGUGGAUGGGUCCACCGCGACGUCAAGCCCGAGAAUAUCCUUGUUAUGGACAAGAAUCUUACAAUCCAGCUAAGCGACUUUGGGCUGGCAAAGAAGCUCCACACAGAGUCGGGCUUCGAAGAGUUGACAACGACCUUGUGUGGAACUCCAAGCUGUACAUUUCUUAGUCCUUGUCCCCUAUAG